GAAGCAAUAAAAACAAAAGAAAUGGAGACAGAAGCCAUUUUAAGUCUUCGUCAACAACUCAAGGAAGUAGAGAAUGAACGAAGGAAGGCAGCACAGUAUGGCUUGCACUUACUGGAAUCUCAAAAUGAAGUUCAAAAUCAAUUGGAUCAAAUACGCCGUGAACUGACUGACAAAACUGAGAAAUUUGAACAAGAGAGAUAUACUCUUCAGAGGGAAAUUGAAGUCAAGAACAGAAUGUUAGAAAGCUUGAAUUUUGAAUGCGAUGCUCUCAAGCAACAGCAAAACAUGCAACUGGAUAAACUAAGAGAACAGCUUGUCAGAGUUCACGGACAAGAAAUAAGUGACCUUAAGAACAAGUUGGAGAAUCUGAAAGGUGAAUUAGAUGAAAGUCGACUCUCAGAGAAACAACUGAGACAUCAGGUGGAUCAUCAGAAGGAAAUAAUUGCUGCUAAAUCGGAGGAGUUGCAUAUGAUGUAUGAACGUGUACAUGAGACGAUGUCUUCGGAAAUGCUCAAUCUUCAGGUGGAACUCACUGAACUAGAAAGCGUGAAGGCCAAUGUUGAAGAGAAGCUGAAUGAACUGCAGUACAAUAAAGAACAGUUGGAACUUGUAAACAGCAACUUACGUAAUCAGCUGGAGCGCCUACAAGGAGAAAAAGAAGAGAGGGAGAAAGAAGUUGUUUCUUACUGCAACGCAUUAGAGAAAGCUCGUGAGACUAAUCAAGAGCUUCAGGUCCAGCUAGAUCAUGCACUACAGCAGUCUUUGGAUCCUACAAGUAAAGGCAACUCGCUCUUUGCUGAGGUGGAGGACCGUAGGGCAGAAAUGGAACGACAGCUGAUCAGUGUGAAAGUAAAAUAUCAGUCACUACAAAAACAGCAUGCAUUCACUAGAGAACAAUUGCAAAGAAUGAAGCUGCAGAUGGCUACACUGCUACAACUGAAAGGUUCUCAGGCAGAGUUUGAGCAGCUGGAGCGCCUACAGUCCAUAUUAGAGCAAAAAAAUGGUGAAAUUGAAGAUCUUCUCAUGAAAGUGAGGCAACUAGAAAAAUUUAAGACCUUAUAUGAGAACACAGAAGAAUCUAGAGCUGGUACUAGCUCAAGGGGAGGAGAAUCUGAAGAUGGUUACUAUGCAGACUUGCUUCAAAUGAAACUGGACAACUCAAAUAAAGAAACUGAAACCUUGAGAAAUGAACUAUCCUUGCAGAGAAUGAAAGCUUUGUAUGAAAGCCAAAGGGUUCUGGAAGUAGAAAGGAAACUCUUCACAAAUGAAAGGCACUUGCAAGAUUGUCAGAGUGAGAAUAUGUACCUGCGGGUUAUGGUAGAUGAGCUAAAAAUGAAAUAUGAACCUCAAGAGUUGCUUAAAGUUCCUAAAGAUAAAAAGAAAAGGGAAAAGAUUCCAGUGGACUCUACUUGCGAAUAUCUGGAUAGUAGAAAUACUUCAGCAAAAGAAACUUCUCUCACUCAGUUGCCAAUAAAGGAAGAAACAAAGAUGAGUUUAAAAACUUUGGAACAAAGUGAUGCCUCUCCAAAAAAACCUGCCCUUGAAGCACCACCAAAAAAUUUGGCCUUUGAAGCAGUGGACAGAGUAAUAGAAGCUGAAAAAGAAAGAAAGAGAAUUAAAAUCAAAGAUGAGUAUCAUGACACCUGCACUUCACAGGACAGAAAUGGCAAUAAUUCUUUGACUUCAGCUGCUCCCAGGUUAACAGCUGAAUCUCAACUUGAAAUUACAGAAAACCAAGAGAAGAAGGAAAAUAUGAAUGAUGAGAAGAAAACACAAAAGAAAAAAUAUACUACGUUAUAUGUAUCUUCUAAGCCAACUCCUGAAACACAAUGUGCUCAGCAAUAACACUUGUGCUUCUAGAAGACACUGUAGUAAUUUGGAGUUUUACUUCAACAGCAAUUAAUGAG